AUGAGCUGUUCCAUAUGCUCACGUGCCCCUCAUUCCCGCCUUUCUUUCCACUGUCCGACGUGUGCACGCAAUCAGCUAUAUCAACUACGAAUCGACAGCACCCAAGUUCUUCUGGAGAAAGAGGUCCUUGGAAAGCAAAUUGAGGCCGCUGUUACCUGUAGCAGCUCCUGGGAUAAACCUUCUCCGCAUGGACAUGGACAAGAACUGGUCGAUACGGACAAAGCCUGCUCUCCCUGCUGGGUCCUCCAAACGAUAAGCACUCGACAUGCAGUGUCUUUAGCAAAGAGGGAUUUGGUUUCCCAUCAGCUUGAUGCUUUGAAAUUAGAGGUUGAAGCCAAAAAGGCCGAGAUUGCUAAGCAAAAAGAAGCUCUAGCACGCAGACGGUCAGACGCUGAAUCUGCCAAAUUUCAACUAGAAGAGCGGGAAAGUGGAAUCCUGGCGGGUGUCCAAAAUACCAGCAAACGGGUAGAGCACGUUUGGCAUUCCCUCCAUAGCAAAACGGCAGAGUCACGUAUUUAUCUUUGUCGAGAGGUCGCCAACCUCUAUGGCCUGCGGAAGGCUAUGAAGAAGGGCCAAAGUCGGGAGACAUAUAUAUCCACGUCUUUUUCUAACAUCGCUCAUCUUCUGAUCAUUGUCUCGCACUAUCUCUCCUUGAGACUUCCCGCCGAAAUUACGCUGCCUCACAAAAAUUAUCCUGUGCCUACGAUUUACACCCCCUCAGUAUCAUAUCGCUCGCGCGACGGUCAUGAUGGGGCUGACUACCAGUCUUCGUCGAGUCCAGCUGCAUCAAGGACGGUGGACCCACGCACCCACACGCCACGCCCGCGACCUCUCUUCAUUGAUAAGCCUCUACCCCGGUUAGCGAAGGAGGAUCCCGUAACAUACGCCUUCUUUCUAGAGGGAGCCGCCCUCCUGGCAUGGAAUGUUGCAUGGUUAUGUCGAACUCAAGGGAUAAACAUCUCGUCGGACUCUUGGGAGGAAGUCUGCGAUAUUGGGAAGAGCUUGUGGCAACUACUCGUUGCUCCGCCAGCCCAUCCUUCAACUCUGAUGCGAGCCUUUGCCGGCCGAGACACACAGACACAGAUGAAAUCUACCAAAGACUCUCCUAGAACCACGAUUCAGCGGACAACAUCUUUCCCUAUGUUGGGUCACUAUUCUCAUGGCACGGCACAUUCUUUCCUGGGAGCAUCAGAAGGAGUUGAAUUCAUGCGAAUAUGGAAACUUCCAACCCCGACCAAGAUUGUGGAUAAAUUGAAGUCUAAUCUUCUCGGGGAAAUGGCCAGUGCAGAAUGGGAGUUGCUGGAAGAAAAAGAAUGGGAUGAUGCGGCCGUAGAUUCCCCUCAGCCAUCUGUUUCGCAGAACCCCAAGGUCGCUAUCCCCUCUCAAUCCGGAUCGGUGGAAACAGACAGGACUACUUCAAAGACACGUUCUGUGAGGACUCCAGGUCAUGAGGAUGGCUCUUCCCCGCGACCCAAAGGUACCAAAGGAUGGACUAAGGUAGCAGGUAGAGGACAUGGAUCAGCUGUCUAG